GGGAUUAAUCGAACCCCCUCAUUGACGCAACCUGCAGUGUAAAAACCACCAUGGCGCUCUGCAAGAGAGGGGUCCAAUGCUGUGUUACAAGGAUAAUACGAUGCAGUUAUCCAUUUCAAGGGGUCUCAACCGUGUCGAUAUACACUCCAAUGUUAGCCUACUCAAGACUAAGUGUAUUAUCUUGCAGGCACUACUCGUUAUCUCAGGGCAGACUAGGCAUAUUUCAGAGAGCCAGUGAGAGGUAUGAGAAAUUCCUCGAGCAUCGAUUACCCCGCCUCUACAUCCUUUAUACCACCUUUGUGAAAGGAUUUCGGCUCAUGGUGCACGAUGUGAGGGAAACAAGGAGGAUAAGGAUGAAAAUGCUCACUCAAGAUGUUUCACUCAAAGAGCUGCCCUACCGCGAGAUGGAGACAAUCAUUCUGUUUCGCAAAGACAUGAUAAAAGCCAUUCCCCUGGUGAUAAUCUCUAUCCCGCCUUUUGCCAUCAUUUUGGUUUUCACUCUUAUGUGCCUGUUCCCUAGACAGCUCCUGAUUCGUCACCUGUGGACUCCGCAGCAGCAGCAGGACUUCCAGAGGUUGUACCACGAGCAGAGAUGCCGACACCGUGAGAACAUCCUGAAGGGCGUGGCCUGUUCAAUACCUCACAUCAAAGAGUGGACCCUCCGCAGCCACCUGCUCACCCUUAUCAGCAAGGUGCAGAGUGGGGCUCACCCCAGUGUGAAAGACAUCAAUGCAGUGAGGGAUGUGUUUUCCGGACAACCACUGGGAUUAACAGGCAUGGACUCUGGUCAGAUGAGGCUGCUGUGCUCCCACCUCUUGCUGAACCCGUGGCUCCCUGGGUUCCUGCUCCGGCGCCGGCUGAGGGCCAAAGCCCUGGACCUGCUUUACUUGGAUCAGGCUCUGGACACACUGGGACAGGGCCAACUCACUGACACAGAGAUUAGAGAGGCCUGUUACCUGCGGGGGCUCAAUCCCAGUAGCCUCACCACUAGCCAGUGUCGAGAGUGGCUCCUCCAGUGGCUUCAGCUGUCCACCCAGCUCACAGAAUCAGAGACAUCUCUUCUGCUGCACAACAUGGUCCUGCUCUCAGUAAACUACCCCAGCUCCUGACCAGAGGAACAAAAGCAUGCAGCAGUAACCAGACUAUUUAUUAAUUUGCUCUCAGGCUAGAAAGUCUAAUCUAACAGUGACCCUUGUCAUCUCAUUUUCUUGGGACAGAGAGGGAAAGAAUGAUCCAAACUGGUCAAUUGAUAACGUGGAGAAUCAGUGAUUCAGUGCAUGGAUGACUUUUACUGUGCUGUAUGUCUUAAUCCAUUCCAGUUAAUGGAUGUCACACAUAUGGUUGCAAUCACACAUGUACGACUACGUACAGUUGAAGUCGGAAGUUUACAUACACCUUAGCCAAAUACAUUUAAACUCAGUUUUUCACAAUUCCUGAC